AUGGCAGUGUCCUUCAGAAGAAAGGUGCCCUCUCUAGCUUCAUAUGGGAGGGCCAACUCUGGAAGUGAAUCUGGAGGAUGGAUUUCUGGAGCCCUUGCCCUUCCUGCUACUGCUUACAUGCUUCAGGAGCAAGAGGCACAUGCUGCAGAGAUGGAGCGCACUUUUAUUGCUAUCAAGCCUGAUGGAGUUCAGAGAGGGCUGAUUUCAGAAAUCAUAUCUCGUUUUGAGAGGAAAGGUUUUAAGCUUGUCGCAAUCAAAAUUGUAGUUCCUUCGAAGGAAUUUGCACAGAAGCAUUAUCAUGAUCUCAAGGACAGACCAUUCUUUAAUGGGUUGUGUGAAUUCCUUAGCUCUGCCCCUGUUGUUGCAAUGGUUUGGGAAGGUGAAGGAGUGAUAAAAUAUGGUCGGAAACUUAUUGGAGCCACAGAUCCACAGAAAUCAGAACCUGGUACCAUCAGAGGUGAUCUGGCUGUUGUUGUUGGAAGAAAUAUCAUUCAUGGGAGUGAUGGCCCUGAGACUGCCAAGGAUGAAAUUAACCUAUGGUUCAAACGAGAAGAGCUGAUGGCAGCUAAACCACUAACCAGCGAGGCAAUUGCUCUCACUGAGAAGAAAAUGGACAUGUCAUUAGAUGAUAUCAUCAAAAUGUCCAAAAUUAACACAACCAAAGCUAAGAAGCAGCGAGUUCCAAAUAAAAGUCAAAAAUUUAUGAAUAAUGCUGGCCAAGAUAAAUCCAGAAAGUUGCGUCAGUUCAUGGACUCAAGAUCCUCUGUUCGACAGGGUGUUCUUGCUCAGAGGAGGUCAAAUUUCCAGGGUAACCAAUUUCCAUUGGCAACUGAGGCCGCAAGAAAGGCUACAGUUGCUCCUAUCCGCAACAGGACAUUUAAUCAAAGUUGGGCCAUGAAUGUGAAUAAGCCAAGGGUUGGGGCUCCACCAGGUCAGAGGAAGGCUGGAAAUGGAGGUUUUGCCAUGAAGCAGUCGCAGCAGCAGGUGAAGGUGGUGCCCAAGCAGAGACCUCAAACACUAGAUUCACUUUUUGCAAACAUGAAAGAACAGAGGGAGAACAUGUCCUCUCAACUUCAUAAAGCUGGAAGACAAAAUGGAGGUGGUGGGCAGCGAAGGUGGCAGUGGGGAAGAGGUCGAUUUGGCAAUUGA